AUGGGAAGUGAUAGUUUUGAUACAAUAUUUUUCGCUAUAGACAUUGAUGCUAAUGAUAAUAUUAUUGCCGGAGGGAUUUCUUACGAUUAAACUUUGACAGCCAAUACUAACGGUCAUACAUACUCAGGAGAUGGAAUUUAAUAUGUUUCUGAUAUAAAGUAUUUUGACACUAGCUACUUUGUAGCUGUAUUCUCAGAUUCUUCACUUCAGUAACCUCUAGUUAUAGGAUCAUUUCACAUUUCAAGUGGAAUCGCUUUUUAAAGUAUUUCUGACCCAUAUAUGGGCCAUUUUAACAAUCAAACUUUAAAUUCUUUGAUUGUCGGAUAUUCAGCCUCGUUUUUUAGUUAAAUUUAUGCUGAUUGGCUUGAUGGAUUCUAUAUUACUAGGUUCAGUCUAAGUUCUGGUGGGCUAUAAUUAGUAACAACUAAUAAAUAUAUUGGUCCUUGGUAUCCUAUGGCGGGUACUUUCGAUGAUACUAAUACUUUUUAUUAUAUCGCUGGAAAAACUGACACCUAUUUAUCAUUAACAAUGUCAUAGAUUUCAAACUCUUCUCCAGUUUAUCACUUGAGAACAAGCAUUGGUUUAUCAACCUAUUCAGAGUAUAUUGUCAGCAUUAAGCAUUUUGUAUCAGGCACUUCAAAAUUAAUUUAUGGUUGUCUUGGAUAAACAAAGUUUGGGAUAGUAAUUAUAGAUGUAACUAAUGGAUAAUCUACAACAGGAACUGGGGUAACUGGAAAAUACUUCUUGGAUUCACUUGAACAUUCAUGCUUUGAUAUAUAGCCAAUAAACCAAACUUAUGUAGUAGCAAUGACUCAGAAAUAUACAGCAACUUCUGUUGAUUAGUUGAUAGCUUAUAUAGACUUAACGAGUAAUAAGAUCACUUAUGUUCUCCUCGGAUUAUUAUCAGAUAGUUCUAAUUUUAUUAGGGAUGCUAAAAUAGUCUCCUUAGAUAAAAUAAUAUUCGCAGGAGGUAUGCUUUCCAUUCAUGGUACUGCCGAUCACUAUGGCGUUCCUGUUUCAGUUGAUAGGAAUCUUUAAAAUUACUAUCAAGUUUAUUACAUCACUAUGCAAGCACCUGAAGCUGUAACUAAUAUUGAGUAUUACAUUUUUUCUGGACAGUAACAAUUUUCUAUUCCCUCUUAUCUUUAAACUACCUGUACAGAUGCUUAGUUCUCAUUUUAAUACUAAUCAACUCCUGCCCUCCCAACUUCUGUUUCUCAAAGUAACUUCGUAUUCACUAUUGAUUCUAGUUUAAUAAUUGAAGCUAAAGUAUAUUCUGUUCUAUUCAUUCAGACUGUGCAAAAUUCUAUUUCAGCAAAUCAAACCUUUACAAUAUCUUUGAUAAAUCCUUGCCCAAUGGCUGACAUAUAACCUCCUAUCAUAAGAAACUAAGCAUAUUUCAUUAAUUCUACAGCUUUACAUAUUCCAUUACUUGAUUUCACUUCAAAUUAUACUUCCGAACAAUUCACAGUUGAAGUGAACUGUGAAGAGACUAUUAUUACUUCAAAUAGAAUUUAAGAUCAAGUUUAUACUCUGCAGUAAUAGUAGCUAAGUCUUCCAAUAGUGGGUUGGUAAGAAAUCACUGGAGUCUGUGGAUCAUUUACUUUCACAGUUUAUGUUGAUGGCGUAUAAAAAUCUUCAAAUAAUUUCAUGAAAUACGAUAGUGCGGCAAAUAUUAUCUCAAUAUAUAGUAAAUCGACUUCAGACAUUGGAAUACAUUAAUUCAAAAUUAGGGGAGAAUUAUCUAGUUAUGGUUUAUAUCAAGAAAUUUAGUUUUAUGUAAGCAUUGAGGGACAUAACUCAGCUCCACCUGUGUAUCUUACUCCUAUAUAAACACAGUUUGUGCUUACUUCCCCUGAAAAAAUAAACUAUUAGUUUCCAGAGAUAGUAGACUUAGACAAUGACAAUUUUAUCAUAGCAGUAGAUUUUGGAAUGGCUAAGAAUUUCAUUUCGUAUGUUCAUCCUUAUUUAACUAUAAAAGCAUAAUCCAUCUAUACUGGAAAUUAUCUGAUUAAGAUCAUUUUGAGGGAUGAUAACCCCUUGCCACUAGAAUAAAAAUACGAAAUAACAAUCGCAAUAAUGACGCAGGAAAAGUAGGAUUAGCCUGUUAGUGAUAAUCCAAAAAAUAGUUAGGAGUAUAGCUUGAACGGAGUUAAAAUAAAUAAGAAUUAGUUAACAUCUACAUUAUCAGCUAAUGUUAAGAGCAUUUCUUUGAAAGGAGAACUUGUAAUUAGAUUUUCUGAACCACUAUUUGAACUUUCAGAUUUCACUCCAAUAUACAAGUUGAAUGCAAUUGACUUCAGGUAUAAAUCUCAUUCAGAAAUAAAAACUAAGAUCAGUGUGAAUUACACUGUAAUUUCAAUGCAACAAAAUCAAAUGAAAUUUCAUUUAGAAUUCUCUGACCCUGAUUCUGUUUCAAUGGAAAAUCAAGUCAUUGUGACAGAAUUAAAAGAUGCAAUUGAUGAAAAAGACACAAAUCAAAAUAGUACUGAUUUUGACGAUAGUGAAAUUUUAAAAAGUACCAGAUUUUAAACUAUGGAUAUCUUUCAACAAUUCAAAUAUGCUUUUCUUCAAACUAUAUAUACCUUAGCUUAUUAAGUUAUAACUCUUCAAACAAAAGAAAAGUUAGGUAGUAACUUACUUACUGUGACCUUUGCUUUUAUGAUAUUUUCUACACCAUUUAUAGUACCUAUUGAUGGAUCAACAACAUUUUUUCUUGAAUUAGUAAAUGAGUUGAUGCUUCUAAUUGUAUCAUAUGCACUCAUUCCUCUGGCUCUUAAUAUUUUUGACUAGGAAACCAGCUAGAUGAGAAAUUUUCUUGGAUGGGCAGUGAUUUAUUUAGUAUCAUUUGUUAUACUGACUAAUUGGAUUCACUUAGUUAUCUGCGUAGCCUAAGAUUUUAGGAAAUCUUACAUAGAAUACUCGAAAAAACAGAAAACAUUGAUGGAUCUUAAAAAUGCUAAAUUAGCGAGUUUCGGCUAGCUUGGGCAUGUAGAUAAUAAAACAAAUUAGAGAUAACUUCAUCGAUAGCAUACAAUCAAACGUAAGAGGAAUAAUACCAAGCCUGUUUAAAUAGAAGCUUUCAAAGCAUAAGAUUGUUUGGAUAUUGAUAGUCUCCAAACUGAAGAGUAAGAUAUAAAUGAAGAAGCAAUGGGCAGCAUUUUCAAACAAGAUAUCCCAGCUACAACAAUGCCAGGGUUAAACUCUUCUCCCGCACCUAUUUAAAAGUAAAAGACUAAGAAAAGAGAUGCUGCUAAAGCUUUUUAGAAAAUAAUCAAAACAAAAAUAAUGAACAAUGCAUUUAUGCUACCAAAAAAGAAAAACAAAAAGUGA